AUGAGAGCAGCAAUGAGCUCAGCAGCUUGCCCCACGACUUCUUCCGCCAAGAGUGUACGACUCAAGACACUUGACCUGAGCUACAACGCUCUCCAAGCUCUGGAGCCCGAGACCUUCCAAGGACUCAGCCAGCUGCGGGUACUCUAUCUGGACCAGAACCAGCUCCGAGAGCUCCCGCCCAACAUCUUCCAAGGCCUCGGCCAGCUGCGGGAGCUCCGGCUGGACAAGAACCUGCUCCGAGAGCUCCCGCCCAAUCUCUUCCGAGGCCUUGGGCAGCUGCAGGAGAUCCGGCUGGACGAGAACCUGCUUGGAGAGCUCCCGGACAAUGUCUUACAAGGCCUUGGCCAGCUGCAGAAACUGUGA